UCAUUUCUGAUGUCAAAAAAUGAGGAAGCAAAGAUGACUUGGUGUAUUGCUGGUGAUUUUAGAGAAGAACCAAAACAUUUGACCAGCUUAUUUCUGUAUGUCAUUAACGAGGGCUCAUCAAUGUCAUGGGAUGAAAUCAUUCUUUCUGUUCAUGUUAUUGGCACAAAUUUAAAUAAAUUGACUAAUAACAAUGUGUUAUUUGCUAGUAAAGCAUAUCGUGUGUUGAUCAAGCAUUUCAUAAAGUAUUUGGAAAAAGGACAUAUCGACGCAAACCAUCUUGUAGAUAUAAUUUGUUGUUUGUUAACUGGCAAACCAUUACCUGAUGAGUAUUAUAACCAUCUGUGCUCACAACCAUGUAAUCAAAAAGGUCAUGACAAGGCUCACGUUUCUCAGCAGUGUGCAGAGAUGUACAUUUCUGCUAAAGAUAUAAUGACUAUAAACGGGUUAUUGUUUUUUUCAUCCUUUCCUAUUGAGAAGUUGCUUUCUGCUUUAUUACCAACCAAAUUUUUGGAUCCGUUCCGAAGCGCAGUUAUACAUCGGUCAUUUUGUGUUUGUUCACCAAUUAAUUACAAGGAUUUAUCAACUAUACAGAAAGGAAUCACUGAUGUCGAAAAAGUGCUGUGUUUUAAUUUUGGCGUGGUAACAGAAGCGGUCAUGGAAUACAUCAGUCGUACAUCGAAUGCAUUAAUUUUAAUGAUCAGUACAUUAGCUUGUAAUGAUACCAUCGAGGAAGUGCAUACUGAUUCAGCAAGUGCCUGUAGUUCAGCAGUAAUAAAUAUACACAAACGUGUUUCUGAUUUGGCUGUGGGCACAAUCUGUUCCAAAAAUCAUUUAACCAAUUCGACAGAGGUUUUCACUUUCUGCAUCGGUGAACUGUUAAAGCAUUGCAAAAUGGAUAUAGCAUAUGUGUUUGCUAAUCGAUUUUUCAACAUUAUUCCGACAGCAUUAUCAUUUUUGGCCUUUGUACCUUCAAGUCUGUAUGAAGUGCUUUGGGUUGUCGCUAAAGAAUCGUUGCAACAUGCUCUGAAACUGGGGGAUGUUACUUCUCUGAAAAAAUCAGCUUCGACAGAUUCUUCCGAUGAUCCUGCAGCAGGGGUUGGUGAUUGGUUAGAAAAUAUCUUAAGAGCUGUACCUGUCUUAAUGGAUCAACAAGAAGAUGCUCUUAAUGUGCAUAAAACUUCUAUCUUUACGAUGUCUUCUCCUACGAAUACAUCAAACGUUUGGACAGGCUCAAGUUUCAGUUGUUAUCGGGAGUUAUGUGCUGCAUCUGGUGGUGACCAUGGUUAUUGUGUCACAGAGGAUAUUAAUGCAUUGUUGAUCUCGCUCCUGGAGUAUGCACUUGUCAAAAAUUAUUUGGAUGAGAACGACAAAAUGCGAUUGCUGGAUGUAAUGCUAUACUUUCCAAGAGGAAAAGAAUCAGAUAUUAUGACUUCGGAUCCGUUUUGUUUAAAAAUUGUUUCUGUCAUCGUAUUUGGUCGUGAGAACACAUCAGAGAUUGUUGAUCAUAUUUUGUGUUCCAUUAAUGCUGAAACAACAAAUGGUACUCCUGAACACUCUAUAUUUUGGCUUCUUGAAUGUGUCGCCGAGCUGUUAAGCAUUGAAGAACUAAAAAAAGCUGCGGGGAGUGCUUUGCAGAUGUUGUAUAGUAUGUUGAAAAGUAAUUCGGAUCGAAAAAAAGUGUUUUAUAUGUUGCAAGGUGUUCAUAUUCUCCUAGUUGGCGGUCAGUCAUAUGGUGAGGCAGAGGCUGUAAUGGAAAAAUUUCGGAAGUGUAGCUGUGAUUUUUUCGAUCUCACUAAAACGCCAAAAUGGGAAGGUGCUAAAUUAACUUGUUCGAUGAUUAAUUUCAAACAUUGGGAUGAACUGCAUGAUUUGUAUGUUAGUUGGUUGCACGUAUCACAAUGGAACGAAUUACAUCUUCCUGAUCAUAUAAUUUUACCGCCGACUUUGUCGUUCCUAUCAAGGAUUCUUGAUACUACAGCCAUUACUGCAGCUGAACGGUGUUAUUUUGUCUGCAUUCGACCUCUGCUUCUUAACAAUAUUUAUUUGACUUAUUUGCAGAAAUUUCACGAAGGGAUCAAGAAUAUAGACGUAAAUCAAUUACUCGAAAUCAGUACUCUUGUUAACGUUGGUUUUCCGAUUGUCGAUGACUGCUUGCUUGUUGAUCUUGUGAAGUUACCUCUACAGUAUUAUAAUUCUUUGCUUAUUUUCUACAAUCAUUUGAGAAAGUACCACUGCUCAGUCGAUGAACUUAUGCGUUUAACAGAAUUUGUGUCCAGCAUGUAUAAAAACGCGAUAAACGUCAUGUGUGAGCGUAGUAAAAUCACUAUAUCUGUGGGUGCAUGUGCAACAUCAUUAUCGAUAGCCAAAAACGAUAUAUUGAAUGCUGCGGUAUCACACGCUCGUGGUGAACUUUAUUCUAUUUUAAAUGAUGAUUUGAUAAAAAUAGUUCGGACUUGGGCCGGAGUUAUGGUACCAGAAAUAAAGCUUUCUUGUACGCCAGCCAUGCUUGAUGCAGUCAGUGACACAUUUCAAAUGCCAACUUCAGUCCUUGCAAAAGUGAAAGAUGUCAAGAAACAAAUGUUUUCCGCACUUUGCUCUUUGAGUGAUAACACUGUUCGAUUUGUAUUAAACCAGUUUCUAUCAAGGAGCGCCGUUGCACGUCACGAUGAAGCACGCUUAUUCCUUGAUUGGAUGAUUUUCAUUUACAGUUCUGAAUUAACUGGAACGGCUUCGCGUGAAUUAUGCCAUUCAGUGUUGUCAAGAUUAAACGCUGUUGUGGUCACGGGUUACCAUCUUGCUCGCGUUGUUUCCACUUUAUUAGGUGGAGUAUUAGCUCAUCAGAGUGCCUCUGAAACCAAUUUGCUAAAUGGCCAGUCAGUCUUUUGUUCAGUCUUGAUGCAUCUGAUUUCUGCCCAAAACACUUCCAAUUUAUCAUGGAAUACAUUGCCAGAAGAUAUAUUUUCGUCAGUUUUGGAAAAUAUCGCCAAUGACGAUUCACUUGUGAAACGAUCUGUUCCAUUGGUUAACUUGCUGUCGAUGAUUUGUUAUUUAAAGAAUGUUCACCUAAUUUCACGAUUUGUGGCUCCUCUUACAAAUCAUCAAGAUAUAUUUGUUCGAUGGGUCAACUUCAGUGCCGUGCCAUUGGAAACUUUUUGUGCUUUACAACCCUUAAUAGAAUACUUGAGUAUCGAUCGUCAUCGUAAAAUUGAUUUUGUAGAUUUGCAAUUCCGAAUUAUACUUGAGGAAAUGAUGGAUAUUAUUUUUGGACUGAACAGUUAUCGACAGAUGGCUAAUCAUUCGUUAUUGGAAGUAAAACGCAGCGAUCGAUGGAGCUAUGCAUCACUCUCGUGGAGAAAAUUGAAUAAACAGAUCGAAACUGAAGUGGCAAAAUCGGAAAAUAGGAAGUAUUCACAGUUGAAGCAGAUAGAUGUGUUCAGUAAAGCUUUGCUAUCGGUGUUAAAUCUAGGUGGUCCUGUGAUGCACUGUCGCUUAAUUGAGCUUUGUUCGAGAUUAUUCAGCGAAUUGCUCAGCGUGAUUCGACUAGAUGGACUAGAACUUUUGAUGGGCUCAUCAAACGUGUCAGAUACAGAAAUUGCCGCCGUCUUACACGCUUUUAUCUUUUUAUGUAGUAUUUUGGAUUACAUUGGCGGAUUGUGUCUAGCUCUGUGUCCACCAUCCGCUGUGAACGAUGACUGGGAUGACAUUUCUGCUGUUUUUACUCCAAAACAUAUCAUUAAGAAGAAGAAUAUAUGUUCACGCACACGCGUAUUACCUUUAUGCACAUUUGCUGCAACAGCAAAUCAGUUCAUUCAGCAACACUGGUACAAUUGUUAUACUUGUAAUAUCGUAGAAGGAGAAGGAGUUUGUUCGGUGUGUGCCGUAAAUUGUCAUCGAGGUCAUGACUUAUCUUACAGUAAAUUUGGAUCAUUCUUCUGUGAUUGUGGAGCGAAAGGCUGUCCUGCUCUAAAGUCAGUUUCAUAUCCCCAGCCACGACGUGUUAGUAGUCAAAAGUAUGCUGCUUUUCCGAGCAGUCGAUCAAAAACAUCGAACCAUAAAUUAGGUGUCUUUAGUCACCUUUUAAUCAUGGAACAAGAUAAGAUGGAAAUUGAAAAAAGAUUGUGUCAGUUCAUGGAUAUGGUGACAGCGAAUAAAGAAGACAUUGUGGCAUUAAUUACAGCGGUGAAGAAAGGAGUGUGUAUGCGAUCUAUCAACGCUCGUGAAAAAAGAUUGAGGGAGAGUAGUUCAAAAUUAUAUCAAAGUUUAAAUAUAGCAACCGACCGAAUUAUUAUGGAGCCACUAACCUUGCAGUCUAAAGCAGUAAUUGAUAAGCGAGAUGAAGGCGGAAAAUCUUUUCAAGAUAUUAUAUCUCUUCUGGAAAUUGGUGGCACUAUUUUACUUGUUACUGUCCAAGAAAAUUCAAAAAUUGUUCUACUUAGUAUUCGGUCCAUGCUUAAUCCAUCUGCCAAAGACUUAGAUAUACCUCGAAUUGAGUUGGAUGCAGUCAACUUUAAAAUUACCGCAAUUGCUGGCAAAAAAGAUUUGCUCGCUGUAUGUUGUUCAACUCAGUGCCUGAUUUUGCGGAUCAAUAAGGAAGGAGAUAUAUCUGAAAAGCAUAACCUUUAUUUUAAUAAUUUAUUUCCAACGUAUGCCGUCCCUAAGAUCAAGUGGAUUGAUAAUAGCAAUAUGAUAGCGAUUGCGGCACUACAGUUUAUACGAAUUUAUGAUCUAAAUGCUGCAUGUGAUCCUUAUUUUUUUGAAUUUGUUCUUCCACUGGGCGAUGUUUGCGAGGUGGCCUUCGUGAAACGAAAUGAUGGCUUAGUCAUUGUUAUUGUUCUAUCAUCGAUUGGACAUCUUUAUGUGGAGGAAUUGGAAAAAGCUCGCUCUGCUGACGGUGGUUCUUAUUUCAUGACAGCAACGCUUCUGCUACCUGCUACUUCAUUUGCUAUUUCCAUGCAUUAUUCAUCUGAGACUCAGUUCUUAUUCGUUUCUAUGGAAAGUGAUACUUAUGCGUUACAUUUCAAUGGUACAGAAUUUGAAGAAGCUAGUAGUAUUCCUGUCGAGUUUCCACUGCGUCACUGGUGUGAAUGCGCUGGAGUUUUUGCAGCCCUUUCACAUCCAACUUUUGGCACAUCUGUGUUCCUUUACCCAGUUGGUAAUGUUUUAUAUGUGCAAAAGACGACUUUGCCUUCUCCAGCUACGGCUCAGUGCAUGAUGCUUGGUGCAGAUUGCGUGUCUCAAAUGCUUGUACAAAUUGUAGAAAAUCAGAAUCUGCAAGUCUUUCAAAGUAAUUGGUUAAUGGAUCCUGAUUUUUGGGUGAAAGAUGUAGAACGCUCAAUGCAAGAGACAGAAUUAAGACCGUGCAACAUUGUUGAUGAGACACCUGAGUCAGAUGCAGUCACAAUAUUUGAAGAGUGCUGCCCAUUGCAAAAAGUUGAAUUUUAUAGUAGAGCUCUCGAACUUGUUUAUGACUCAGGCGAACUCACAAAAAGAAUUGUUUCUUCAGGAAUGAGCGUCGUUUGUCUGAAGCAAAAAGAAUUCGAUAUUGUAGUGAAGAAUCAAGAUUGGAAUUAUAUUAUUUGCGCGCUCCGCAUUGAGCUUACACCUGAAAAAUGUCCAACUAGUGUGACUAUAUUUGGCAAAAAAAUUGAUCUUCAAACAAAAGUUUCAAGAAUGUUUGAUAUACGAUUAACUCGGAAGCAGUCGAUUAAUUGCAACAAUGAAGUAGUGCUGAAUUUCAGUUGUAACAGUGUGCCAGCUCAAGUUUGGUCAGUAAAGGUUUUUGGUAAAUCAAAAAAGGAUUUUGGCUUUCCAACUGCAUCUUUUCGUUUCGAUCAAGUUAUUACUCUUCCUGAGCAAUUCAUUGCUUCAUUUUUUUCUACUUGCUGCUUAAUUAAUUCUUAUAUGAAGCAAGAGGGCCGAGAUUGGAUACUUCCAGUUGCACUCAGUUUCUCUGCACCAGACUUUGAACAUCCGACUGUCAGUCAUAGAGCUCUAAUUUUGCUGAAGGAAUUGUCACCAAUAGGAUCAUCAGCUCUUGAACAAAAGGAUGCGUUUCUGUUUACGUCACUAAUCAAUCAUCGAGAUAAUGGCACUUUGCAAUUGUCAAUUUUCAAUGCAUUUGCAGCUCAGAUUAAGGCGAUAAUUUUGAAUCGCAUAGUAUCUUUCCACCAAAACAUCAGUAAACAUUUUGGUGAUGUGAUUCCAUUCUUAAAAAUGUGCGUCAGUUGUGUUCUCUCGAAUAGUCUUGCUGCUGAAGCAGUGCUAGAAGUAUUUUUGCUAGCUGCAUUUGUAUAUUUGGCUGUAGGUACUAAAUGUUGUACAGAAAUCACGCAACUCAUCUUACGAAUAUUAUUUUCAGAUGACAUAGUCAUUGCUCAUAGAUGUAAGUGUUUGAUCUCAGCAACAAUUUCGAGUUAUUGUAUUGCAAGUGUACAAAACCACAGCAAAUUGUUUUCUUUCAUUGGUAAUGUUUCCCCAACAAUUUUAACACACAAAAAUACAAUCACCAGUGAUGGACAGGUAGAUAGCAUGAGUCACAUUUCAAAUUCUGGCUUCUUACCAACUAUCGUGCGAGAGUUAGAAGUGCAUCUGAAUAAAGAUAAUGGUAUUGCUGUUCGAAGGAAGCCUUUAUCAGAUUUAGAGGACUUCAGCAAAGAAAUGGAUUGGGUCGGGCAGUUAUUACUUGCUUUUAUAUACCGACUCGAUGAUUGUCAUUAUGAUGGUAUGCGUUGUUUAGCGCCAGCACAAACAAUACUAUUUCUCAUAGGUCAGCAUGCUCCAGAUCAGCUGACAGAUUUGGUUGAUUUUCUUAUAAAUGGACUGGAUUUUACUGAAAUUCAAGUGGAAAGAACUGUGAAAGGCGAACGUGAUCAGAUAAUUUUGCGGUUGAUUUAUGUAAUCCUUGUUCAGUGUACAUCACAUAAUUGGCCUUCAACAGGUACAAAAGAGGUCGUUAAGAAUGAAGCAGGAGACGGGAUUCAGUAUCUUUCAGCACAAAAAACGGAUCGAGCAAAGCAAUCAUUCAUAGAAUUAAAUUUUCAGCUAAGAACAUUAAAACUCUCUACACACGACGUUCAGAUGAGAACAAAUGAUAGUAUUGAUGAAGGUGAUGAAGCAGAAACUGGUGGUGUAUCUGAUGUGGAACAAAUAGAACCAGCUGGAGAUGCAUCGUCGUCAAGCCGUGAUGCAACACCGCAACAAGAAGAUAUUGACAUGAAUAUGACAAAUAGUACCAUUGGUCUGUAUGAAAAUAACACUCAAGACUUGUCUUUAUCACCUGAACCACAGGUUGUCUUGGCUUUCAGGAUUGCUCGUACAUUGGUAUCUAUGGGGGCAGUCAAUUAUUGUUAUGUUCUGCUGGAAUCUCUCAAAAAACAAUGGGCGAAAAAAGAGCAGUGUUAUGGACAAGAUAUUCAAAAACUUUCCACUGUAUUGCCUGAAUUGCAACCGGAUCUUGCACCCCUAUUUAACGCACGUAUUUUAAAUGCUAAUUCAGAAAAUAUCUUUUCUAUGUAUACUACGCUUCUCAUUGAAAUCGCACUUCGAUUACCAUAUCAGCUCAAAAAAGUACUUGGAAACGAGCUGCACUUGAAUAGUAAAUGGAAGAAUUUAUUGUGUGACUACAUUACUCAAGAACCAUCAACAAUGCGAAGGCUAGCUCGGAAACUGCUUGUUUUAAUAUGCAAUUCUGAUACAAUCAAGUAUCGCCAAGUCCGAGAUGAGCAUAUUAUUAAUGAUUUACUGGCGAACUUGAGAAUACGCCUAAUAGAUCGAUCAAGCAUAGAAUAUUUUGAAUUAUGUGACAUUGUUUGUCGCAUUAAUGGAAUUGCUGUCAUAGCUGGAAAACACUGCAUUGUUUGGCAAAAAAUAUGCUUGAAAGAGCUGCCUUGGUUAAUGGAGCUAGCGUGUAUGAUGCCGGAUGUUGUAUGCAGCGCCGUUUUAAAUCUCAUUUUAUUGGCUAUUCGAACAUCUGAUUGUUCAGAUGAUGGACUGUUGUGCUGCUUUCUAGUGGAUUUGCUUUUAAGUAAACAAAAGCCUUUUGUUUUAUUGAAAAGGCUUAUUUCAAGAUUUUUACUGGGCGAAAAUGAAGAAAGACGUUGGAUAAUGCAUGCGAUUCUACGUGCUACACUUCAACUUGCAUCGCGACCCAAUCAGUUGCAACUUAUCAGUUAUUUGUAUGAACGUAUUUGGCCUCUUGCUCAACAGAUCGGUAAUCGAGCUAUGCAACUUGUUGACCUAUUAUCCUGUUAUUUGCCUCGAUUUUUAUCAAAAGAUGAAUUGAUUGCGGUAUAUAAAGAAGCUGUAAAAACUAUUGAUAGUGCUUUGUGUAUUCUGGAGACAAGUCGAGAUUCGAUUGUUUUUAAAAAAUUACAACAAUCGAUUGGAACUUUGGACAUUUCUGUGCUGAGCAAAUCUCCGUGUUUGAUUUGUUCUGACUCAAAUCGCCCUAUGGAGCAGCUGAAAUUAUCGGCUAUAAAACUAGACUCUCGCUUCACAACGUCAGCACAAAUGAUCAAAUUGAUGGGUCAUUUCGAGGUGUUACGAAUAACCAUACGAUUUAGUGAAAUUAAACGAUCGAAAAUGGUCAAGCGUUUCAAAUUUUACUGUUGCAAUAAAGAACUUGAAUCAGCAGUUGAUUUGAAAAAUCGUCCAGAACUAUGGGAAAAAGCAGCAGAUGUUGAAGUUAAUCAAGGAGACACAGAAAUUGACGUUCAACUUCCAAUUCCAGUCGCAACAUGUAAUAUUGUACUGGAGAUGGCUGAAUUUUAUGACACGACAACAACGGAAUCAUCAGAUGCGCCAGAAUUUGUACACUGUCCUCGAUGUUCUACAUCAGUCGCACCAAAUCCAGGAAUUUGUUCAAAUUGUGGGGAGAAUGUUUUUCAGUGCGUGAAAUGUCGAGCAAUUAAUUAUGAUGAGAAGGAGCCAUUUUUGUGUAACUCAUGUGGAUUCUGCAAAUACGCUCGUCUGGAAGUGUUUCUUAUCGGCCGGUCACUGCCUUCAGUACAGACUAUUGAAGAUGACAACGAUAGGAAGGCGGCAAAUACCCGAAUAGACACAUUAUUGAAUGAUAUCGAAUUGACGCGUUGCCAAGUCGGAAUCAUUACUGUCCUCAUGGAAAAGUGCUCUUGGGAUUCUGAGCCAUCUAUUCGACCAAAUAUGCUUCUAAAACACAUGUCUCGACAGGCGUUCGCACAGUUCAUGUCGAGCUUGAAUUUGAAAGAGGGCUAUAAUCUCGCUACAUUGUAUCGUAGCGCUGAGAAAUUGCAUGAUAAAUUGUGUGAACAAAUCCGUCAGUUAGCAGCAUCUCGAGCUGAACUUCGUCGUUUCGAUAUUGAAAAUGGCGAUGAGAUAUUAUCUGAUACAUUUUUUAACAGUGAUCUUCAAUCUAGUUUUGAUCGCUGUAUUGGUUGUACGUCGGCUUUAAUUGUGCAUUGUGUUGCUUUAAUACAAGCUGCGUGCAGUGACGCUAAUGCCAUGGCCGAAAUCAUCACUGAAGAUUUCAUUUUUGGUCGUUUGGUGGCUGGAUGUGCACUUGGUGAGCCGAUUUCUUGUUCUGUGCACUGCUUGAUUUGGAAUUUGGCAGAAGUGAGCAAAGAUGCAGCUCAGAAAAUGUGUGAACUAGUAGAAGAUGGUUCUCUGCCCUGUUAUCUGUUAACGAAAUCAAUAUUUGAAAAUAAUUUCCGAUUUUGGGAACAAAAAUUGCGUUGUUUGGUGCGUAUGGCUGUUAAAGGUAAUGGUAAUAGCGAAAUUGAUCUACACACAUUAGCUGCGUUCUUGAAAAUUUGUUACCCAAAUUCAGUUGAUUUGAGAGUUAAGAGACAUAUUGCAACUGAAUCAUCUAGCAUCGAAACUUCUGGAAUGGACUCCAUCAGUUGUAAUGAAAACGUGGUUGAUCAAAAAGCUGUUGAUGCUAAUGCAAGCGAAAAUACAAAGCAGGAGUUUACUUUGGAUUGUUCUUUCGUGCCAAAGACCAUAGAUAGUACCAAGCUAUCUGAUGAAGAAAAACCUGAUUUUGAUAGACUGACUGUGCCAAGUGAACACUUCCCGACUUUCCAAUGGCUGACAGAAAAAUUUAUAUGGGCAGAAUAUGCAGAAUUACUUUCAAAAGAUAACCUGAGAACGAAGCAAAGUACUGAGUAUAUGAAACGCUGCUUGCUAAAUGAUUCAGAAGAGCAGUUUUCUUUAUAUCAAUGGCUGACUCAGUGUAUGUUUUCAUCAGUAGCAGCAAUUCGUACUGCGUCUUGCCGUUUGCUACUGAUGUUAUGUUUCGAAAUAAAUGACAGUGGAAUAGCUCAUGUUGGAUCACCUAUAGACACUGCUCAAGUUUUACAAAAAAUCUUAUUAUGGAUGAAGCAAAUUCGCGAUGUCCCAGCUGAUCAUGUCGACGAAUAUUUUUGUUUGGUUCAAACAAUAUUAGCUGUACCAGAGAUUCGUGCUGUCUUAGUAUCGGAGCCUUUCGAAUUUCAUGUUGAAAUCAUGAAACGAAUAUUAUUAGAAAGUUUGGACACACGUUUCAAGGAAAUUAGAGGACCACCAGGAGAUCUCUCCGUUGGAAUUUUAUUGCAUCGUCUCACUCAAGUGUUGAAUUUAUUGAUACCAAUGAACGAGUUUGGCUGGAAUUUACUUUGUCAGUCGAGCCCAGUUAUACUACCACUUCUUCUUCGAGCCUCUUGUGCUCUUGAAUGUGUUACGAUACAUCGUACAUUUUAUGUUAAUCAGUCAGCCCAAGAACUUAGUGUGCUGCUGAUGCGAAUCGCUUUAAAACGUCCGAAGCUGGUGUUGAAAGAGACAACAUGCCGUAUCAAAGCACACGCAAAUGUUCUACGUGUUCAAGCAUAUCUUAUAUCAGUCAUUAGUGAUGUCAUUUAUCCUUUGCUGAAAAAAGAAGAAGACUUCUUAAUACAGAUCGAGAAGGAUCCUCGCCAGGAAGAUUAUUUGCAGGGAAGAAUGUUAGGAAAUCCAUAUAAGAGUAGCGAUGCUGGCUUGGGUCCUUUGAUGAGAGACAUUAAAAAUAAAAUUUGUCGAGAUUGCGAAUUGGUUGCACUAUUAGAUGACGACACUGGAAUGGAGCUCCUUGUAAACCAACAAAUCGUUGCUUUGGAUCUGUCAGUUCUUGAUGUUCAUGAGAAAUUAUGGCGCGAUGAUCAUCCAAAUCAGCCGAUGGUUAUCGUGUAUCGUAUGCGUGGUCUUCUUGGAGACGCAACAGAACCAUUUAUAAAAACGCUUAAUGAUUCAGAGACCAAGGAGAAAAUAGAUGACAGUCAGCUUCGUCUGGCUACAGCUUUAGGCACUGAAAUAUGUGCCUUUGAUACAAUUUUAAGAGUCCUUGACAACAUUGAAUUAACUGGAGGAGGAUUAGCGCUAUUACGCGAGCUGCAUAGGCUGCUCACUUAUUGCAUAAAGGUGAAGGAAAACCGCCAACAGUUGAAUAGACAUGGUGGUAUCCGGAGAUUUUUACACGUUUUUGAAGUUGCUUAUAGAACGGGUAUUAAAGAAGAAUCAGUAGAAACUGUAGCAUUGCAGUAUCUCGAACUUAGUAGGAUUUUACUGGUGGAUGUUCUCGCAACUGAUCAAAUUGAAAAGUCUAUUGGCGGUGCUAGUUUUGAACAGAUGUCUUGGUUGCUGGAGCUUUCAGUGGAUAGCAGUGAAAAACUUUCAUCAUCGUUAGUAGGAGCAGUAACAUCUAUUGCCCCAAAUCUUUGCCUUGGUAAUGCCGAAAGUAUGGAUGCGUUAGUUCAAACAUUUCGCCCUUGUUGUUGCUGGAAUGAGAUAGGUUUAAAAAUUUCAAAGGAAAAAUAUAUAGUUAAUGUUCUGUUCCGUUUUGAAGAUAACAAUCGAGAGUUCCGAGAACAGGUGACGCGAAAAAUGGAAACAUUGUGCAAAAUAACGGAUGCAAUUCAUGACAGCGCGUCUGGACGAAUUUUAAAGAAAAAGAUGAUGGAUGCUGGAUUGAUUACAGAUGCAUGUCAAUAUUUAGCCGAAAACCAUCCGCCUAUAUUCAAUGUUUCUGUAAGUGGACCUGAAUGGAAACAUUUUUUGUCGAAGCCUUCGUUGAAGUAUGUCUUGAAGUUGAUGGCUGGCAUGGCGCGAGCUCAUAUACCUUCUCAGGAAGCCAUUGCACAAAAUUCUCUCCCCAUAUUGCAUCGCUUGGAACAGAUUUCUUCUGCUGAACAUAUUGGGACUUUGGCGGAAAAUGUCAUGGAGGAAUUAAAAAAAAAUGAGGAAGUUGCCGUACAGAUUGAAAAAGUUCGCCAAGAAACGAAACUCAAAAAACGUCAAAUGGCAAUGGCCAUGAGGCAAAAGCAACUUUCAAAACUCGGCAUGGAAAUUGGCAAAAAAGGACAAGUGAAAGUAUCUUCACGCAAAUUAAUGAAUGAACCACAUACUGUAGACUGUGCUCCAGAAAUUGGUGUUUGUUGUAUCUGUCGGGAAGCAAUGGAUAGCGCUGGAAAAAUAAUGAUGGUGUACGCAUUUGCAAGUCGGCUGAAUUUAAGAGAAAAUAAGGUAAUCUGUGGACGAAGUCAUUCAUUUACGACUGUAUCACAAAUGAACCUUGUUCAUUUGGACUGUCAUUCUACAGCUGUCAGAAUGGCGGGUUCACGUGGUGAAUGGGCAAGUGCUGCACUGCAUAAUGCUAACACAAAGUGUAAUAUCAUAGUGCCGAUUUGGUCAAAGCAGGUGAAGGAUUCAGAUAUGGAACAUUCUUUCCAAAGGUUAUCAAAAGACUUAGAGUCAGCUGUUGACUGUGAAGCAGUAAAUUUGGAUACUCUGACUUUGGAUAUAACUGAAUUGCUGGAACGGUUUGUCAGAUUUCGUUCUUUUUCUGCUCUAUCUCAUGGAGGUGGUCGUGAAUCAAAUAUGCAAUAUUUGGCUGUACUGGUUCUUCUCGUGCAAUAUUUAAAAAAGGUGUCACCUGCCACGGAACCGGGGGAAGCGCAUACAUUUUGUCAUCAGAUCAUUAUCAGUUUAGCCAUGGAUGAUGCAGAGGGAUGGAAUAACAAAAAAAUGAUUCUGCUAAAAACUUUACAAGAUUCUGAUCGACCGUGGGAUGAUAUCAAACCAGAAUUGCUUGCUUGGACAACUGUUGAUUAUUAUCAGAAUAAUAUUUUCAAGUCUAAAGCCGACAAUCGUGCGCAAUACAUGCGUGAAAAUAUCAUCAAAAUCCUAGAUGCUUGUUCAAGAUUUGUCACUUAUUUUGAUUCGGAACUUUCUCGCUGUGGGAAUCUAAGCGAAUUAAUGAAAGCAAUUGGUAUUGAUGUUCCUGCUUCUAGCGAAUGA